GACUUCCCGGACAAUGAAGAUUUUGAUAUUUUUAAUAUUAGUAGCUUUAAAAAAUCUCUUGAUAAUAUCUUUAACAAUCAAAGCUUACAAAAAACUCAAGAAAGAAUUAGCAAUUCAAACAAUCAAGUAACUAAAGUAAUUAAUGAUCCUGAGGAUGGUAUGACUCUUUUCAUUAAUGAAUUAUAUUUGACUUUUAGUAAACUAUUUAACAAAGGUAGAUCUGCUAAAGAUAUAAUUAUCAGUUUCGUAUCUGAAACUGCUAGUGAAAGUGGAUGUGCAGCAGCGGAUCGUAUGCUUGGCGAAUAUUGUUAUAAGCUUAAUAGAUAUGAUAAAGCAUUUAAUUUACUUAUAUGUGCUGCUGAUAAUGAAAAUGCACUAGCAAUGAUUACUUUAGGAAAAUUUUACCAAAAAGGUUAUGGAACAAAUGUUGAUAAAGUCGAAGGAUUUAAGUCAUUUAAAAAGGCGGCUAAAAUGGGUUUACCUGUUUCACAAUAUGAACUUGGAGAUUGUUACGAAUUCG